AUGUAUUUUAAAGCUAAUUCCGUGACGAACGAUAAGCAGUUAUCAACGUUAAUUGCGGUGGUUGGUGAUCGGUGUUAUGAGUUAAUGACAAAUUUGGCGAGUCCGAAAAAGCCAUCGGAGUUAUCUUUCACGGAGUUGGUAGCGUUGGUGCAAAAACAUUUAAAGCCGAAGCCAUCCAUAAUGGCCGAACGGUACCGUUUCCGGCUUAGAAGGCAAGCGGCGGGCGAGUCCAUAUCGCAGUACAUAGCGGAGCUAAAGAAGUUGGCGCGAACUUGCGAUUUUAAAGAGACCUUAGCGGACAACCUUCGAGACCAGUUGGUAUGCGGCGUGAGUGGGGACGUUAUACGGCAACGGCUGUUUGCGGAGGAGGAUUUGACGUAUGCUAAGGCGGUGACCUUGGCAUGUUCAUUGGAGGCGGCGGAGCGUGAUGCAGCAAUUAUGACGGGCGGCGGCGGUCGAGCCUCCGGAGAGCCCGCGGGAGCGGUGCAUCGCGUGGCUAGCGGGGACGGCGCGGGGCGCGGGGCCGGGCGGCGGCCGCCGGCGCAGCGCCAGCAGCGGGAAACAGGUUUUAGUGCGCGGGAAACAGCUGGAAGCGCAGGCGGUGCAACACCUUGUACUGCUUGCGGCGCCACUAACCAUUGUUUUUCGACGUGCAAGUUCAAAGAAUAUAUAUGUAGUAUGUGUCGCAAGACGGGGCAUUUACGUCGAAUGUGUCCCAAAAGGUCGUCUGGCAAUGAAAGGGCGGCUCGAGGGCGCAACAGCGGCCGGUCACGGACCUAUUUUGUUACCGGAGAGGAUAGCGAAUCGAAUGAAUCGGAAGAGGAGGAGGAAGCAUUAUACAGAGUUUCGUUAAGCCAAUACAAGCCGAUAUAAGGAAGUUUUCGAUGGGGGACUCGGGUGCUACAACGGUGGGACGGCCACGCUGCGCGUGCGCGAGGGUGCAGCGCCGGUGUACCGGCGCGCGCGACCGCUGCCGUUCGCGCUGCGGGGCCGCGUCGACGCC